AUCAGAAAUGAAGAUUUCUCCUAUCUCGUGAAUUCAGAUCGGAACAUAAUGUCUCGAAAGUCAUACGGGACCAAUGCACCUCAGGCUGGAGAUGGUAAUGCAGUUUUGCAAGUUGUUGCUAAUGAUAUAGUAGGUCAGCCACCACAACCUAAUCAAGCCAUUCUGGGCGAGUUUAUUGGCGAUGCUUUUAUUGAAGAUGGCUACUACAAUCAGGAAAUAAUUGACAUUUCAGAUUCCCAAGGUGAUGUUGACAGUCUUGGAUCUUAUAACAUUGAACCUGAGGAAAUGUCUGGUUCACUCACACCUGAUGGAUCUGGUUUCAAUGUGGGGGGUAUUGCUGAAGGUGUUGGUAAUUCAUACGACCAUACAAAUGAUUUCCUUGCUUCUGUUGAAGUUUAUCCAAGAGAAAUAAUCAAUGCAGUUGGUGACAGGUUACUGAAUAUAGCUAUCUCUUACGCUGAGCGCUCUGAUAGAAGAGAUAGCUGAAGGAUUUGUAUCACAUACUUCACAAGAACAUGAUAGGGUUCCUAGUCAAGGAAAUUGUUUCAAAGUACAGGAUGUUGAAGUCUUAUGGCAUCUUAUACAGUAUACAGAAUGAGGUUCCUCCUGAAUCAUUUGAAAAGAGAAAGAAAACAAGGUGUUUCGGCAAGAAGAAGGUUGAAACCGAGGUGAAGGGCGAUGGGACUCCGGCUCCAGCGGUGGCGGUGGCGGAGGGGCCGAAGCCAGCAGCAGCACCUGUGGCGGGAGGCGAGUCUCACUGAACGGGAGGCGUUGUCCUGAAACUCGUUCGUCUUUGAUUAGUUGACUUUGAGAAACCUGAGAUUUUUGUGACUACGUCUUUGAUUGUAUGCUUAGUCGUUCCUUUGUGUCAUUUUGUUCCUGCUUAGUGGUGGUAGCAAGCGAUUUUUGCACUGCUGUAAGACCUAUUAAGACUAGACAAUCUUUUCUC